CGUGGUAAUCACAGCGCUCCUCCGUAGCGAGAGGUUUGAGAAUUCAAAAAAGAGAAGAACCGUCUUGCCAUGGAGAGGAACGACGACCACUAUUAAACACCUGCUAUGCGCCAGUGCCGCGUUCACCCUGUGCGCGUGCAGCAGCAGCCUCACCGUUCUCCGCACGUUUGAUCCGCAAAAAAAACCAACGUCUUUUUUUCCCUCUUUUUUCUCCGGCUGAGUGAAAUGUAUCGCGACUGCUCCGGAUUCACAUUCUGACAAUGGAGAUUGAAAAUAUCGUGGCCAACACGGUUCUCCUGAAGGCAAGAGAAGGUGGCGGAGGGAAGAGGAACGGUCGCAGUAAGAAAUGGAAGGAGAUGCUGAAACUCCCACACAUCAGCCAGUGUGAGGAGCUCCGCCGCUCUAUCGAGAGGGACUACACCAGUUUAUGUGAGAAGCAGCCCAUCGGCCGGCUGUUGUUCCGUCAGUACUGUGACACCCGGCCAGAGCUGAAGCGCUGCAUCGAGUUCAUGGACACCGUGGCGAUGUACCAGCUAGCUCCCGACGAGAAGAGGAGGGACUGCGGACUGAACGUCUUAGACACGUACUUUAAUAACGGGUCGGCGGCCCAUCUGCCAGCCGUACCCCAGGAUAUGGUCGCUGGGUGCCGGGAGAGGCUGGAGCAGAGUCCUUGUAAGGAGCUCUUCAAUGACUGCACCAAAAUAGUUCGUGAUUAUCUGAGUGGAGCUCCAUUUUCCUCCUACCACGAGUCCAUGUACUUCUCUCGCUUCCUGCAGUGGAAAUGGUUGGAGAGGCAACCAGUAACCAAAAAUACCUUCAGACAUUACAGAGUACUAGGGAAAGGUGGAUUUGGCGAGGUUUGUGCCUGCCAAGUACGUGCCACCGGUAAGAUGUACGCCUGUAAAAAGCUGGAAAAGAAACGAGUGAAGAAAAGAAAAGGUGAAGCAAUGGCACUAAACGAAAAACGCAUUUUAGAAAAAGUUAACAGUAGUUUUGUAGUUAAUCUAGCCUACGCCUAUGAGACCAAGGAUGCGCUGUGCCUGGUGUUGACCAUAAUGAACGGCGGAGACUUAAAGUUUCACAUCUACAACAUGGGCAACUCCGGCUUCGACGAGCAGAGGGCCAUCUUCUACGCCGCCGAGAUCUGCUGUGGCCUCGAGGACCUGCACCGGGAGAGGAUAGUCUACAGGGAUUUGAAACCUGAGAACAUCCUUCUGGAUGAUCGUGGACACAUCCGCAUUUCCGACUUGGGCCUCGCCGUUCAAAUCCCCGAAGGCGAAACGAUACGAGGGAGAGUGGGCACUGUCGGAUACAUGGCUCCCGAGGUGAUCCAGAACGAGAGCUACAGCGUCAGCCCCGACUGGUGGGGCCUCGGCUGCCUGGUCUUCGAGAUGAUUCAGGGCCAGUCGCCCUUCCGGAAGCGCAAGGAGCGCGUCAAGCGGGAGGAGGUGGACAGGCGAGUGCGCGAGGACCAGGAGGAGUACUCCGACAAGUUUGCGGAGGAGGCGAAGGACAUCUGCAGACAGCUCCUGGCCAAAGACCCCAAGGAGCGACUGGGUUGUCAAGGUCGAGGGGCCAUAGAGGUCAAGCAGCACCCCAUCUUCAGAAACAUCAACUUCAAACGGCUGGAGGCCAACAUGCUGGACCCUCCCUUUAGCCCCGAUCCGCGGGCCGUGUACUGUAAAGACGUCCUGGACAUCGAGCAGUUCUCCACCGUCAAAGGCGUGAACCUUGACCCCACAGACGACGACUUCUACCACAAGUUUGUCACAGGCAGCGUCUCCAUCCCGUGGCAGAACGAGAUGAUCGAGAUGGAGUGCUUCAAAGAAAUCAACGUCUACGAGACGGACGGCACUCUGUGCUCCGAUCUGGACGUGAAUCGGCCCAACCCUCCACCGAAGAGAGGCUUCUUCUACCGCCUGUUCAGAAGAGAGGCAAGUGCUAGUGCUCCGGCAACUGUCCGAGGGGGAGGGGGCUAAGGUCUGUUUUAAGAGCGGCGACGACGAGAUCGAGGAGCCCUCGCGACUUUAAACCACUCCCUCCGCUGAACUUCACCACAAACUCCAACCGAGCGCGCAAAUCUUAGGAACUCAGUGAAUGUUGACCUGUAUUUAUGAGCUGUAUUAAAAGUGUAUUAUAAUUAAAGGAAAAAAAAGAUGAGUUUAAAGAUUUUGUACAUUUGUACUUGAAUUUAUGUCUAGAUGUAUAUUUUCACUAAAGGUUGUAUUGUACAAAAAGCCAUAAAAGUACCACUUGAAUGCAUACA